AUGAACACCAGCACCGUCAAGAGCCGCUUCCUUCCGCACCCCGAGGACCUCGGUAUCGUCACCGUGGGCUUCUCUGGUGGCCAGCAAAAAGCCGGUGUUGAUGCAGGCCCCAAGGCUCUCAUUGACUCUGGUCUCUUGACCCAGAUUCAAGAGGAGCUCGGCUACAAGCUGCACGGCGACGAGACGGUCAAGAACUACCACGAUAUGACCCCUGCCUCCGAUCCCGAUUAUCGCGGCAUGAAGAACCCGCUCCUUGUCUCGGCCGUCACUCGACAGAUUGCAUCCGAGACAUACGACCACUCUUCCAAGGGCCGCCUCACCUUGACGCUUGGUGGCGACCACAGCAUCGCCAUUGGCACCAUUGCCGGAACCGCCAAGGCUACGCGCGAGCGUCUUGACCGCGAAAUCGGCGUCAUCUGGGUUGAUGCCCACGCCGACAUCAACACUCCCGAGACGAGCGGAAGUGGUAACAUCCACGGCAUGCCUGUUGCCUUCCUCACCGGCAUUGCCAAGGAGGACAAAGAAGAGUACUUUGGCUGGAUCAAGGAUGACAUGCGCCUGAACGUCAAGAAACUGGUGUACAUUGGUCUGCGUGAUGUGGAUGGUGGCGAGAAGCGCAUCCUGAGAGAGCAUGGCAUCAAGGCCUUUAGCAUGUUCGACGUUGACCACCACGGAAUUGGUCGCGUCAUGGAAAUGGCCCUCGCUUAUCUUGGCGACGAGACCCCCAUCCACCUGUCGUUCGACGUGGAUGCUCUCGAUCCCAUGUGGGCGCCCAGCACCGGCACUCCCGUCCGAGGCGGCCUCACUCUUCGUGAGGGCGAUUACAUCUGCGAGGUUGUCCACCAGACUGGCAACCUGGUUGCCAUCGACAUGGUGGAGGUGAACCCCAGCCUCGCAGCCACCGAGGCUGGAGCACAGGAGACCGUGAGAGCCGGUUGCUCCCUAGUGCGCUGCGCCCUCGGCGAGACCCUGCUGUAG